AUGGUGGAAUUUGGAGAGAUUCUGAAAACUAUUGGUGACUUUGGUUUGUUCCAGAAGCUCCUGAUAUCAGGAUUAUGCAUUCCAAACUUCUUACUGCCCAUUUUCUUCUGCAGUUUUCUAUUUGUUGAGUCAGAUCCAGAGCGACAUUGUAACACAGACUGGAUCCUCAGGGCUGAUACGAACCUGACCAGAGAGGAGCAGCUGAAUCUGACUCUGCCCCGUGAGGAGGAUGGGAACUUCAGCAAGUGUCGGAUGUUCACACCUGUGGACUGGAACAUCAGUGCCAUCAGGGAGUACGGACUCAAUGAGACCACAGGGUGCCAGGACGGAUGGGUGUACUCCAGCACGCUGUAUGAGGCCACCAUAGUCACUGAUUUUGAUCUUGUCUGUGGCAGCUCGAGCUCAGCUGAAGUUCUGCAGACAAUCUUCAUGACGGGUUUACUGACUGGCUCCCUGGUCUUUGGGCCCACGGCUGAAUCGUAUGGCCGAAGGAGAACCACCCAGAUUCCAGCAGUCCUUUUGCUAAUAUUCAAUGCUGUUGCCGGUGUGGCUCCAAACGUCUAUGUCUAUGCCGUGUCUCUGUUCAUGGUUGGAGCAGCACUUGGAGGAUAUAGAAUCAACUCUGUCGUAUUAGCUACAGAGUGGAUCGGUGUCACCAAAAGGUCGAUCGCGUCCUGUCUGAGUCAGAUGUUUGCAGGUCUAGGACAGUGUGCCAUGGCUGGUCUGGUCUAUGUUAUUCGUGAAUGGAGAACAGCACAGUAUAUCAUGGCAGGAGCACAGGCGGUUGUAGUCCUCUACAUAUGGUGGAUACCUGAAUCUGCGAGGUGGUUACUCGGUCGAGGAAGAACUGAUGAGGCAAAGAAACUGAUACGAAAAGCUGCUGCAAUCAAUAAAAAGACCAUACCAGAGAAUCUGCUCAAUGAGGUAACUACAGAACAAGAUUUGCAAAAAAGAGGACUCAAAGAAAUUUUUAUGUCGGCAGUCCUGAUCAAAUACAUUUUUAUUCUAUCUUUUUCCUGGUUUUCGUUAAAUCUGGGCUACUUUUGCCUUGUUCUGAACGUGGGUAAGUUUGGUUUGAACAUCUUCCUGGUUCAGUUUUUGUUUGGGAUCUCUGAAACACCAGCACAUCUCCUGUGUAUUUGGGUCCUGGAGCACCUCGGGAGGAAGAAAACGCUGAUAUCGACCCUCCUGAUUGGUGGGUUCAUGUGCCUCUUAAUUCUAGCCUUUUCUCAGGGUGAUGCUGUGGUGAUAACAGCCCUUGCCACCACUGGAAAGUUCUUCUUAAACUGGGCAGGAUCAGUGUGUAUGGUCUACAUUCAGGAGCUGUUUCCCACUUCUGUCCGACAAACCGCUGUAGGUUUGGGCUCCAUCGCCUUCAGAGCGGCAGGUUUGCUCUCUCCUCUGCUCAACAUGUUAGCCGUUUAUCACCACGCCAUACCCAUCAUCGUCUUCAGCAGCCUGGCCGUGGUCAGUGGAGCCCUCGUCUUCCUGCUGCCUGAGACCAGCAGAAAAGAGCUUCCUGAUUCAGCCAAGGAUGUGCAGGACAACAGGAACGGGACCACAAAGAUGACAGGAAGUGACUCAAACAUGGCUGACCUCAACAAACAGAAAUCAACCAAACUCUAG